AUGGCUUCCAAGGCUUUGCCCCUGCUGGGCUUCCUCCUGAUCGCCAUGCUCCUCGUCUCCGCGGCUGCCGACGCAAAAGACACCAAGGAGAAGGAAACAAGUUCGUUCUUCUUCCCCUAUCUCCCCCUCCCCCAUAUAUCGACCUCGCUGUUGCCCCCAUGCUGCUGAAACUCCACGUUUUAGCAGCUCCCAGAAUUUUCUCAGGCUAACGCAGAAGCUUUUUCAUUCUCAUGCUGCUGAGACACCACGUUUUAGGAGCUCCCAGAGUUUCCCAGGCUAACGAAGAAGCUUUUUCUUUCCCAUGCAGAGAUCUCCGUCGACCAGCACGGCGGCGGCUACCCGUACCCUGGCGGCAGCCGCGGGGGCGGUGGUGGCGGCUACCCUUACCCGGGCCGAGGCUACCCGCCCCGGCGGCGAUGCCACUACCGUUGUUGCCGUAGGCACGGCCACAACUGUUGGUGCUGCAGCCGGAAGGAGUUCGUGGCUACCGUGGAGAAGCACAACUGA